AUGGAGAUGUUCAAACGUGGCUCACUUUUAGUGUCAAAAUCACUAUUUACGAGCGGCCGAUGCUUACAAAAUGGUGUCAGGCGUGUGAAGAAGAAACAGUUGUACAAUAUUCGAUAUGCAUCAUCUGCACAAGUUGUUUUGACUUCUACUAAAAUACCCGAAUUUAAUGGGGUUCAAAACCUCAAAACUCACCAAGAUUUGCAUGAAUUCAGCUUGAAAAAUCCUGAAGACUUUUGGGGCAAAUUAGCAAGGAGCAGACUGGAAUGGUUUAGCGACUUUGAUCGGGUGCAAGAGACUGAUAUGACAAAAGGACUUAUUUCAUGGUUCCUCAAUGGAAAGCUUAAUGUUUCAGUGAAUUGUGUAGACCGCCACAUGAGGGAAGAUCCCAACAGAGUUGCUUUGCUUUGGGAGAAAGAUGAGCCGGGAUGCCAUCAAGCUGUUACAUACAAAGAGCUGUAUGACAUGAUGAACAAGAUUGGGAAUACACUGAGGAGCCAUGGGGUUAGGAAAGGAGACAGAGUGGCAAUGUAUAUGCCAGUCUCACCCUAUCUGGUAGCCUCAAUGUUAGCCUGUGCCAGGAUAGGAGCCAUACACAAUGUUAUAUUCGCUGGGUUUAGUGCUGAAGCUUUGGCUACUAGGAUCAAUGAUGCUGCUGCAGAGACUGUGAUCACCGCAGACCAAGGUUUGAGAGGUGGCAAAAUUAUUGAACUAAAGAAGACGGUUGAUGAAGCUGUUUCCCGGUGUGACUGUGUUAAGAGAGUGUUUGUUACACAAAGGACAGGGAAUGAUGUAUCUAGGACAGAUCUUGAUUUUUCACUUGAGGAGGAGAUGGCAAAACAGCAUACUGAAUGUGACCCUGAACCUAUGGACAGUGAAGACUUCUUGUUUAUGUUAUAUACCUCAGGAUCAACAGGGAAGCCUAAAGGGAUUGCUCAUUCUCAAGCUGGUUAUUUAUUAUAUGCAGCUUUGACACAUCAGUUAGUAUUUGACUGUCAUCCAGGAGAUGUAUGGGGCUGUGUGGCAGAUAUAGGGUGGAUUACAGGGCACAGUUAUGUGGUAUAUGGGCCACUCUGUAAUGGGGUCACCAGUGUGCUGUUUGAGAGCAUCCCAACCUAUCCUGAUGCAGGUCGUUACUGGGAGACAGUUGAGCGAUUGAAGAUGACCCAGAUAUAUGUGGCCCCAACUGCUGUCAGGCUAUUGCUCAAAUCUGGGAAUAGCUUUGUCACUAAAUAUGACAGGUCUUCACUCAGGUUGCUGGGGUGUGUUGGUGAGCCAUUGAACCAUGAAGCAUUUGAAUGGUACCAUGAUGUAGUAGGGGAGGGGAGGUGUCCAUUGGUUGACACAUGGUGGCAAACAGAGACUGGUGGUAUUUGUAUCAGUCCCCGUCCCUCAGCCCCUGGGGCAGAAAUAAAGCCAGCUAUGCCCAUGAGACCAUUCUUCGGCAUUGACCCAGUACUGGUAGAUGAAAAGGGCAAUGAACUCGAAGGGAAUGACAAGUAUGGAGCCUUGUGUAUACGAUCCCCUUGGCCCGGAAUGGCUAGGACCUUAUAUGGCAAUCAUGAUCGUUUCUUGGAAACAUACUUUAAGCCGUACCCUGGUCUAUACUUUUCUGGUGAUGGGGCACAUAGACAUGCUGAUGGUUACUACCAGAUUACAGGUAGAAUGGAUGAUGUCAUCAAUGUUAGCGGGCACAGACUUGGAACUGCUGAAAUAGAAGAUGCAAUGGAUGAGCACCCUAUGGUUGCAGAGACUGCUGUUGUUGGUUUCCCUCAUGAUAUCAAAGGAGAAGGGGUUUAUGCAUAUGUUACCUUGAUGGAUGAGAUUCAAGAGCCUGAAGCGCAGAUUAUACAAGAGCUUAAAGAGAUGGUCAAGAAACAAAUUGCCUCAUAUGCAGUACCCGAAAUAGUCCAGAUUGCUCCUGGACUUCCAAAGACAAGAUCUGGUAAAAUUAUGCGCAGAAUUCUCCGAAAUGUUGCAGCGAAUAAAUCUGAUCAAUUAGGAGAUAUAUCAACAUUAGCUGAUCCUUCGGUGGUUGCAUCGAUUGUCAAAAAUCAUGAGGAUGUCAUGAAAAUUCGAAACGGAAAAUGAAAUUAAGAAGAAGACAGUGAAACCUGUAAAGAGGAACACCACUAUAAGUGGAACACCUCUGCUAGUGAAACACUUUUCAGAGGCCCACAACCUCUAUAAGUGGAACACCUCUG